UGAGGGUUGUCAAACUCAUUUAGUUUUGCAGGCCACAUUUUUGCCAAAUAGAUCUCACGUGGGCGGACACUUCUGUGAAGUUGACCGGCUAAAAAAAUCAGUGUCUUAUGUUUGUUCUGUCAAAUUUUUUGACAGUUUUGUAGAUAUCCCAUCAUUAAUUUGUAGUGAUGACGACACGCAGCACCCCCCAUCUACAGCCGAACAGAACUGCAAUGGUGCCGUUCGUUUGUGCUACGUUUUUGCUCGUUUCGCUGUGAAAACUUACGUUCUGCUGCUACCGUUUUGGUUACUUCAUGAACAAAAACGACAAAUAUGUAUGGUGUUUACCUUCUUUGAGCGGUUUAUGAUAGCAACCACCAUUUGACAAUGGCAGUAUAGCACAUAGCAGUAAAGCCAAUGACAUGUAUGUUCCCUAAAGAAGACAGAACAUAAUUGACAUCAGUAUAUAUUUGAAGGAACGUUACAUGAGAUUAUUUCAUGUAAACACACAAUGAUUUUUUUUUAGCUUUGGAUGCACCUCCCGCUCAUCUGAUAUUCCAGCCAAUCAGGAAAAAAAGGAUUAUCCGUCCAAGCUAUCUGUGGCAGAGCUGGCGGGCAGGUUCAAAGGUCAUAUACUCCCCAUGAUGCCUGUUGUACAUGAUGAGAUGGACUCAAGUCCCGUCAAAAUCCGGACCAAGAGCUCCUCCAUUAUCGAGAGACUUCAGGCCAACCUCGCUCUGUCGCCCACUACUCUGCUGCCGUCGCCCAAGGGUGCCGAGUUGAACCGCCGUCCCGACUCGCCCCCGGCCGCCGUGGUCACGAGCCCGCCGGGGCCUGCCCCGCAGCCGUCCGUCGAGGAGGAGGACCAAGAGGAGCCCGUCAGCUUCGACGGCCCUCCAGAAAGCGCCCCGCUGCCGAGCUUCCACAAGACCCGAGUACGGCUGUCGUUCAAGAGACGUCCACCGACGAGACAACACAGGCGGUCGGCGUGGGAGUCGCCGUCUCUCUUCGGCGACGAGGAGUCAUCGCCCGAAGCCAACGGGGACACCGUUUUGCAACUCGCUGUCCGAGAAGACGAGGAGGACUGCCAAGAGGCUCGGGGGGAGCCGGCCAAGACCGCCCCGGGGGACGGAGAGGAAACUCGGGAAGCGCCAACGCUCCCACGGCAGACGGAUGGAGGAGACGCCGACACGCCGCACUGAUCGGUGGACUACACCACCUUAAAAAAAUAGAGACGCAGAUUUCAAAGUGCUUCAACUAAUAAGACGAUUUGCCUGCGUUGUCGCCAUCUGGUGGUCAAUUUUUAGGUACACAAAGAAAACAUAAAACGCAAA